CACACAACCACUUUGAGGGGAUGGUUCAUCAAAACUUCAUCUUCUUUGUUUAUUUCAUCAUCCAACCCCAGGGUUAUUAACUUCAAAUCCGUAGUCGGUGAAUAGAUUCUCUGCUCUUGCCUUUGCACUGUACAAUCAUUUGCAUCCUUAUCGCCCUUGAAUCAUCGACCAAAGAACUCAAACGAAACUCCAAGGAAUUCGCACUCCCAGGAAUCCGUGGCUACAAACUCACACCCCACUUGAGGGAGACAUGUGAUGGUUCACGCUAUUUUUGAAAUAGUAACUACUCUUGUUUAGAAAAUAAAAAUAUGGUAUUGUUUUUGUUCCGAUAUUAGACAUUUUCAUUCGUAUUUUUGUCAUUUGACCUUUUGUGCGGGUAAAAACAUUUCCGUGCUUGUUCUCUGCCGGAUGGUGUGGGCCCAACUCUCCAGGAACAAAGUUAGGAUGUUUUUAAUUUAAUUGAAAUUUUCUGAUCUAAUUUGUUUAAGUCUGUUUUGGUUUGAUCAGAACAGAUUUGAUCUGGUCUGCUAAAAUCUGAUCUACUUAUAUUUUUCAAAUAUUAAAAUCUAAUCUGAUCAUGUGUUAGGGGUGUUUGGAACUGAUUCCGAUUCUGCUUCUUUUUUAAAGAAGAAGCAGAAUCAGAAUCAAUUUUCAGAAGCUGGUCACCCUCGGAUUCUAAAAAAAUUGAUUCUAUGAGUAAAUUAGAGCACCAGAAUCACUUCUACGCUUUCAACCAAACACUCAAGCUUCUGAGGGGGUGUUUGGAUCUGAUUCUCAAAACUGAUUCUGCUCCUUCCGGGAGCAGAAGCAGAAGCUGGAGUGUUUGGGUGAAAUUCCAGAAGCACUUCUGGAGCUCUAAUUUACUCUGAGAAUGAGUUUUUUUAGAAGCUGGGAGGUACCAGCUUCUGGAAACUAAUUCUGAUUCUGCUUCUGCUUUUAAAAAAGAAGCAGAAUUAGUUCCAAACACCCCUGAUUCUGCUCUUUGAGGAAGCUGAAUCAGUUUUAAGAAUUAGAUCCAAACACUACUGUCUUAUCCGAUUUGUUUAGUCUAGCCGAAGGCCGAGGAAGGAGAAACCGCUCUGCAGUGUUUGAACUCCGAAAGUUCAGACAUGACAGAAGACCACGAGGAGAAAUCUGGAAAUGCAACAACAGGGUUAGAAAAUGACGACGGAGAACUUGGAAUGAAGCCAUGGGAGCAGCAUUCUACUGUGAUCAGCAUACCUCGCUUCGACUACAACGCUUCCUCUUCUAUCCUUCGUCACUCUCACUGUGGCUUUCUCAUCACCUGCCCCCUCAAGAGGGAAAAAAGUGCAACAAAAGAAGCAAUUUGUAUAUUGGAAAAGUAUAUUCCAAAUGCUGAUUCAAAGAAAAGGAAACUCUGCAUUAGGAGUGGAGACCCUGACAGCUUGGAUUGCAAGGAGUCUGGGUGUAGCAAUGAAAUGUCGGGCAAUAGUCUUGAAACAACUAGUAGGUUCACUGAGCUGGUUUGGGAAGAGUCUGAUAUGUGUGCAGAAAAGAAUCUUGACCUUUCUCUAGUGAAGUUGACCAGAAGUGGGUUGCUUCUCUUAACAUUUCCUUGUGGAAAGUCUCCUCCAAUUGUCAAUAUUCUAUUUGACAUUGUCCAGUCGCUAGAAUCUAACAGUUUAAGCAUGCCACGUUGGUGUCAUCGAAUAUUCCCAAUUCAAAGCACAUGUGUCUUAGAUGAGAAAGGACUUCAAAUGACAGUUCCCAAGCUUGUUAAUGGGUUUAUGAUUGACAAUCAAAACAAACUUGGCCAACCCGUUAAGUUUGCAGUGGGAUAUAACAGAAGGGGCAUUGAAGAGUCUGAGAUGAAAAAUACACAAAGUGACAAAAAUGAUCAUAUUUCUACUUUGCUGGACCGUACUAAAUGCUUUGAUGUUGUUGCAGCAAUUGUAAAAGAUAUUAUCCCCAAUUCAGUAGUAGAUCUAAAGCACCCAGAGUUUGCUGUCCUUAUUGAGCUACUACCGCUUUCUGGAACUCCUGAUGGUUUAGCAGUGGGUGGUGUGUCAGUUCUUCCAAAGGAACUGUUUAGUACAAAACCGCGGCUCUCCGUCAAGGCUUUGGUUUUUGACACAAAGGCUAAGGGUGUGAAAAGAAGCUAAUAAGGCAAUGUGUUUCAAAUGUUCCAAGCCAGUUCAUUUUGCUUGUGCUCAAGGUCUAGUUUUGGCCAGCAAAUAUUUAAUUGGCUGUAUAUUCUGAAAUGGAAUUGGAGCAGGUGGCGGAGGCCUAGAAUCAUCAUUUAAAUCUGCCCAACUUUUUUGCCUAUAUUUUAUCAUGAAAGCGGACACCUUGUAUGACAACUAUGGUUCAAAACCUCUUGGCAUUUCUUAAAUUUAUUCAUCACGUAACUACAAUACAUUGUGUGAAUUCUGGGCCCCAUGCACCAUCUUGAAUACCCCUCAGAAUGUUU